UAUUGUUGAUCAGCGUGCCAAAGUUAUAGAUGUAGUUGAUUUUAAAUCUCAAGUUCAGAGAAAUAUCAUCAGUGACGACAUACAAGAUCCCAGGGCUUUAGCUAUUGAUCCUCUCACUGGGUAUCUGUUUUUCUCAGACUAUGGUAGAAAACCUCGUCAUAACACUAGAAUUGAACGUUCUUACAUGGAUGGCAAUAAGAGGUAUUUGUUGGUGGACACAGAUAUCAUAGCUCCCUCCAGCAUGGCUGUAGAUGCUGUCAACAAAAGAAUUUUCUGGACGGACAGACGAUUAGAUCACAUCCAAACAGUUGACUACAAUGGAAAAUUUAGAUUCACCGUAUUAUCUGGUGGUAUACAGAUUCCCAAUGCUAUCAGUCUGACUCGGUUUGAAGACCAGUUAUACUGGGCUGAUGAUACAAAGAUGGGGGUGAUGAAAGUGGAUAAAUAUGGAGACGAGGAUCCACGACAGAUUUUCCAUGAUCAGAAAAAUAAACGAAUCCGCAGCAUUCGAGUGUUCCAUCAAUCUAUCCAGCACCAAAAAGACAGAAAAAAUCCUUGCUCUGAGAACAAAUGUGAACAGAUGUGUGUCCUUACACAUGUUAUGGAGAAUGAUGGUCUGGGAUAUAAAUGUUUAUGCUCUAUAGGAUACGAACUUUCAAGCAAUGGCAUUAAUUGUACAAAAAUUAAUGAUUUCCUGCUCUUUGCUGCCAAGUACUCUGUGAGGGGGAUUUCCCUGACCCCGCCCACUGAUGCUGCCUCUGCGGUGGAUGCUAUCCCUCAGUUAUUCGCCAAAGACACGGGUCACCUGGGGGUCAACUAUGUGGCACUGGACUAUGAUGCCGAAGACAAAAUGGUGUACUUCUCUGACAUCAGAAAUUUUGCCAUCAUGGAAGCUAAAGUUGAUGGAUCUAUGAGACCAUCAGCUUUAACUGUAAAGAAAGUCCGCUCUGUUGAAGGAUUGAGUGUAGACUGGAUCUCUAAGAACCUCUACUUCACUGAUUUCUUCCAGGGUACUUUGUCAGUCCUCAGACUUAAGUCCCCUAAUGAGACACUAGUUCUGAUGUCAGGGACUGGCAAACCCCGAUCUGUGGUGGUCCACCCACUUAAAGGGUGGUUAUUUUUCUCUGACUGGAUGAAAAACACCAUGCAGAGUCCUUAUAUUGCGAGGACGUAUGGGGAUGGCACUAACAUGACAAAGAUCAGGCAACAUGAGCUAGGCUGGCCUAAUGGACUCAGUAUUGACUUCCACACAGACAGACUGUUCUGGGUAGAUGCCUAUUUUGACAGGAUACAGCAUUCUAAUUUUGAUGGAGGAGAUGUAAAAACAAUAACUGGAGUUUCUAUUGCACAUCCCUUUGGAAUUGUUGCAUAUCGAGGAAAUAUAUAUUUUUCUGACUGGAAACUUGAAGCCAUCAUACGUAUCAACCAACAGGGCCAUCGGCAAGUUACCUUGAGAAAAGGAAUAGAGUUUCUACGAGAUAUUACUGUUUAUGACAAGGAUAUUCAACAAAAACCAUUUAAUCAUGCCUGUGCCAAGAGGAAUGGUGACUGUUCCCACUUUUGUUUCCCGGUGCCCUUUUCUGGAGGUGUCCAGCGGCUAGGCAGGAAGUGUGCCUGUCCUUUCGGGAUGAAGCUGAAUGAGGACAUGAGGACCUGUCAUCAGGACGAGGAAGUGUUUAAAGAGGAGAAAUGUCGUCCUGGCUUCUUCACCUGUGACAACAAACGAUGUGUUCCAAACACUUUUACUUGUGACCAGGAAAACGAUUGCUUGGAUAACUCUGAUGAAAAGAAUUGUACAAAAGGAAGAACCUGUGGUCCACAGCAUUUUAAGUGUAAAAAUAAUCGCUGUAUUGACCUGAAGUGGAUGUGUGAUGGAGACAAUGAUUGUGGGGACAGUUCUGAUGAACUCGGCUGUUCUAAUAAAACUUGUGGCCCCACACAGUUCAGGUGUAAUAACACCUUGUGUAUUAAUAAGAGGUUUAAGUGUGACACUGACAAUGAUUGUGGGGAUGGAUCAGAUGAAGGCCAGUUUUGCAGCUCUCAUAAAUGUGAUGUGGACCAUUUCCAGUGUGGUGACAAUAGGUGUAUCUAUGAAAAGAAAGUCUGCGAUGGAUUUCAGGAUUGUUAUGAUGGGUCGGAUGAGAAGGAUUGUCCCCCGUUAGUAUGCUCUGACGGUAAAUGGACCUGUAAGGAGGUGAGGCAGUGUAUACCUGAGAGGUACCACUGUGACGGAGCACCAGACUGUCAGGAUAAAAGUGAUGAGCUUAACUGUCCUACAAGAGAAAAGAAUAUGUGUUUGUUAGACGAGUUCAACUGUACAAAGGGUGGAUGUAUACCAAAGAGCUGGAAAUGUGAUGGGCAGCCCGACUGUGAGGAUGGAUCCGAUGAGCCGGACACUUGUCCUGAACCCACCUGCUGGUCAGACAGGUUCCGGUGUGCUAAUGGCCGCUGUAUCUCUCAGUCCUGGAUCUGUGAUGGAGACGACGAUUGUGGUGACAAUUCUGACGAGGAUCAAAGUCUCACUUGUCCACCUCCCAGUUUUAAAUGUCCUCAUUAUCAGUGGGAAUGUCCAGGGAAUUCUAGAAUAUGUAUAAAUAGAACAAAAGUUUGUGAUGGCAGCCCAGACUGUCCUAAUGGGGAUGAUGAGAGUCCCAUCUGUAAUACUGAUGAAUGUGGUGUUGAGAAUGGUCACUGUAACUUUUUGUGUAUUCAGACUCCUCGUGGGGCAGAGUGUAUUUGUCCUGUGGGGCAGGUCUUGAAUGGGACAAAGGAAUGUGUGGAUGAUAAUGAAUGUGAACCUCCUGGGAAAUGCAGUCAACACUGCAUCAAUACUAAAGGGUCAUUUAAAUGCACUUGUGAUCCAGGAUAUGAACUAGUCAAUCAUACCACAUGUCUUGCUGAAAGAAAUGAGACUAAACCCUAUCUCCUUGUGACCAGCCAGAAAGAUCUGAUGAAGGCAGGACUAGAUGUGAUGGAACUGACAAACAUCCAGCUUCCUGGGAUCCAGGCUCUAGCAGGACUAGAUGUCCAUGUCGAGAAACAACAUGUCUACUUCUCAGACUCAUCGCUGAAGAAAAUUUUCCGGGUUAAUGUUGAUGGGAGUAACCUUACAGAGGUGUUCCCUGUGGGAGUAAAUGUCGUUGAGGACUUGGCUGUGGACUGGAUUGGUGGUAACUUGUACUGGAAUGAUUAUGUAGUAGAAACUAUUGAGGUAGCCAAACUUGAUGGCAGUAUGAAGACCAUACUUUUCAGUGAGAACAUCACCAACCCUCGAGGCAUCGAAGUCGACCCCCGCAGUGGAGCUCAGUACCUGUUCUGGACUGACUGGGGACAGAAUCCUAAGAUAGAGAGAUCCGGGAUGGAUGGCAUUGGAAGGAAAGUCAUCAUCUCGGAGAAAUUAUAUUGGCCUAAUGGAUUGACACUAGACUAUCCCAAUAGAAGAGUCUAUUUUACAGAUGCAAGGCUUGACUUUAUAGAAUUCUGUAACUACGAUGGCUCAGGAAGACAGAAGGUUUUUGCAAAUGAUCAUUUUUUGAGACAUCCACAUGACCUUGUUGUGUUUGAAGAUUACAUGUACUGGACUGAUAGAAUGGCAGGGCGUGUCUCUAAAUGUAACAAAUUUGACUGUGCUGGACGGAAUGUUGUCGUCAGUUUCAUCCUUAGACCGUUGGGAAUAGCCAUUAUGCAUCCUGCUAGACAAGUCAUCCUUCCUCAAGAUACCAAUCCUUGUGCUUUGGCCCGCUGUAGCCAUCUUUGUUUACUGUCAGCUGAUAAGCCCUCUGGAUACUCGUGUGCCUGUCCUGUAGGUAUGGCUCUGGAAAAUGACCAGAGGUCCUGUCAAGAAGUGAGUCAGACAUACCUUGCAUACAUCACUAAGACUGGCCUGGUAGGACUGACCCUUAAUAACAAUACAGUCCAUGAUGUGCUGCCUCUCUCCAGUAAACAAAAUGUGCUGGAUGUGGACUUUGACACACAGAACAAAACUAUGUUCAUAGUACAAAGACCAGAGAAUGGCAAUUCUUCUGUGAAGGCCAUUUCUCUGGUUGAUGGAAAGGAAAAGGAGAUGAAUCCCACCCUGUUUUCUGGGAGUCCUCGUGCCAUUGCGCUGGAUUGGACCACUAGGAAUCUAUACUGGACAGAUGAUGAAGCUGGAACAAUCGAAGUGAUGAGAAUGGAUGGAGAUAAUCACUAUCGUAAAGUUCUUCUCAGCAACACAGGGAAAAACUAUGACUGUGCUAGGCCAGUGUCAUUAGUGUUAGACCCAAACCAUGGGAAGCUGUACUAUGCAGAUCAGGGAGGGAAUGGAUUGCCCUCGAAGAUUGGGGGAAUGAGCCUGAGUGGAAGCAAUCCAUUUAUAGUUCUACAGAGAAGAGUGGAGAAACCGGAAUACAUCACCCUGGACAGAAAUAUGGAAACUUUAUAUUGGACAGACUCGGGAAGGCAAUGGAUUAUGAAAUGUGGAUUGCGUCCUCGAAGUGUUACAGUGUUUUUGAACCGCCUAAGUAAUCCCCGAGGUAUAGCAGUGUAUAGAAAUCAACUUUACUAUGUUGAUGCUGAUUUUGAGUCCAUCUUCUCUGUUUCAAUAAACGCUCCUCAAAAACGCAAAGAAGUUAUCAAAACAAACAUCCUAAUGCUUCAUGGGCUGAAAAUCUAUGGAGAACACCAUAAAGACAACACGUCUCCCCAUGGUUGUGUGGUGAAGUAUGAAGGAAUAACAGAAGAGUGGAAGUUUAAUUAUGGUAAAUGUGAGCAGCUCUGUCUACCUGGACCAGGACAGUACAAAUGGAAAAACAUCUGUCAGUGUUCAACAGGCUUCCAGAUGAACUCCACCACUGGGAAGUGCUACAUGGAAGAUACAUUUGCUGUAGUCUCGAUGCUGGAGGUGAUUCGAGGAUUCUCUUUGAGCCCCAGUCACAAUGAUGCCAUGGUUCCCAUUAGGGGACCAGAUCGUGUUGCCCUACAUGUGGAUGUCCAUGUGGCUGGACAACAUAUAUACUGGUGUGACUAUGACCCAACUGGUGUAAAACUUGGCAAUAAUAAUGGAAUUUGUAGAAUUCAUGCUGAUGGAUCAGGGUAUGAGGAAGUAGUUGUGGACGGGAUUGGUAUGAAGUCAGGAGAUGGCAUUAAGGGAAUUGCUGUGGAUUGGGUAGCAGGAAAUUUGUAUUUCACUAACUCUAAGAACUAUGUGACGUAUAUGGAGGUGAGCAGAAUGAAUGGAACCCAUCGUAUGAUACUAUUUCAGGAAAAGGAAGCUACACCUCGAGCUCUAGUUGUCAAUCCCAUUAAAAGGUACCUUUACUGGAUAGACCAGGGUCAGUUCCCUAAGAUAGAGAGAUCCCAUCUGGAUGGUAGUAAUAGGACUGUUCUGGUAAAGAAUGGGAUCGUCUAUCCUCGUGGGAUCACCAUUGAUAUCGAAACACAUGAAGUCUACUGGGUAGACUCUAGGGUGGACGCUAUUCAGAAAAUGUCCUUCAGUGGUGGAAACAGAAAAUAUGUCAAGACUAAUCUCCCCUCUCCAUUUGGAAUUGCUAUCAGAGGCCAGUUUAUGUAUUGGGUGGAUCGUAACCUAAAGAAGGUUUUUAAAUCCAGAAAAGAUCGAGAAAACGCUAGAAGUACCGUCAUUAAAAAUAAUCUAGAGAUGUUGCGAGACAUUGCCAUCUUUCACCAAUCUGUGCAGCCUAAUGUCUCCAGCCCUUGCAGUGUAAAUAAUGGAGGAUGUGAACAGCUUUGUUUCUCUUUCCCAAACAAGACAGAACCUAAAUGUCAGUGUGCUACUGGGGUUUUGGAUAAAGGUGGCAAAUCUUGCAAAGCUCCCAGUGAGUUCCUUGUGAUUGCUGCAGAGUCUGAGAUAAUCAGUGUGUCCUUGGAUCCCAGGAUUAAGUCAGCUCCAAUGCCCCCCAUCAAGGGCCUGUUUGGAGUGGUAGCUGUGGACUUCGACUAUGAAGAGAAUUAUAUCUACUUCUCUCAGGUUCUCGGGAAAUCAAUAAGCCGGGUCAGAAAGGGAACCAAUGAUAUAGAAGACAUGGCUAAAACUGGAAAUACUUCAAAAAGUCCACGAGCAACCUCAGCAACUGCAGAAGGUUUGGCUGUAGACUGGGUGGGUAAGAAGAUAUACUGGUCAGAUGUGUUCAGUGGUCAGAUCAUGAGCAUGACCACAAACAAAACACACAAGACUCCUCUUGGUCAUGUCGCAUCCCCUCGUGCUGUGGCUGUUCAUCCUUGCAAAGGGUAUCUGUUCUGGACCGAUUGGACCUUACCUAAGAUAGAAAGAAGUACCAUGGCAGGAAACCUUCGAACCACCAUUGUAGAGACAGAUCUAGGCUGGCCUAAUGGACUGUCUAUUGAUUAUGAUGAGGAUAUGAUAUAUUGGGCAGAUGCAUUAAGAGACAGAAUAGAGAGGGCUAACUUUAAUGGCCAGUACAGGGAGAUCAUUGUACAGUCCACUGUCCAUCCGUACUCCAUGACAGUGUUUGGUCACUAUGUUUACUGGACAGACUGGACAUUACAUGGUGUUUAUAGAGCUGAGAAACACACAGGAGCAAACAUGGUGGUUAUGGUGGAAGGAAUUCUGAAUCGUCCAAUGGGAAUAUCAGUCUUCUCUCAUCGCAGACAAAAAUGUGAUGAUGAUCCCUGUGUGCCUUAUAAUGGAGGCUGUAGUCACAGCUGUCAUCCAGCACCGGACGGCAAGGCUGAGUGUAAAUGUCCCGAGGAGGACGGAAUUAAUUACGUCCUGGGUAACGGGGGCAAGAUGUGUAUUCCCAGUAACCACACCUGUAAAUCUAAUCGCUUUGUGUGUGGGAAUGGUCAGUGUCUCAAUUACAGGUGGGUGUGUGACUCGGACCCAGACUGUAAUGAUGGAUCUGAUGAAAACGAGAACAUGUGUGCCACUCAUGUUUGUGACCCCACCUUUUUCCGAUGUAAUAAUGGACGAUGUAUUCAGCCUCAGUAUCGCUGUGACCAUGAAGACGACUGUAAGGACAACUCAGAUGAGGCAGGCUGUGAUUAUCCAAAAUGUAAAGAGAAACAAUUUGUUUGUAAGAACUUCCGAUGCAUCAGUAGAAAUCUUGUGUGUAACGGGGAGGAUAACUGUAGGGAUGGCAAUAAAACAGAUGAAAUCAACUGUCCUGAUCGUCCUUGUGAGAAAGGAAAAACCAAGUGCCCUAACAGUAGCAAAUGUCUGGCUCGUCGUUAUCUCUGUGACGGGGAUGAUGAUUGCGGAGAUAACUCGGAUGAAAAUCCUCUGUUCUGUAAAUCGGUGGCUUGUGCUGAAGGCUAUUUUGAGUGUAAGCUGACACACAAAUGUAUCCCUGUAAACUGGUACUGUGAUGGAGAUGAUGAUUGUGGGCAAGGAGAGGAUGAACUGCCAAACUGUGAGAAGAAGAACAACACCUGUUCCAGUAGCCAGUUUACCUGUGCUAAUGGUCGCUGUAUCUCCAAGAGAUGGGUGUGUGACGGGGAUGAUGAUUGUAUGGACAACUCGGAUGAAGCUCCAGAGCUCAAAUGUGAGGAGAGAGCCUGCCCUGCCGACACUUUUACAUGCAAGUCCAACAAACGACUGGGUCGUUACUCCUGUAUAGAUAAACGUCUGGUUUGUGAUGGGGUAAAGAACUGCGUAGAGGGUGAAGAUGAGAUGGAGAAUUGUCCGAGUCGUACAUGCCAGCCAGGAGAGUUCCAGUGUACUAAUGGUAUCUGUAUCGCUCAGUCCUUCUACUGUGAUCACGAUAAUGACUGCGGAGAUGGCUCUGAUGAAACAGAUGCUUGCAAAUAUUCACCAUGUGGAGAGGGAAAGUUUAAAUGUGACAACAAACGAUGUAUCUCAGAGAGGUUUGUGUGUGAUGGUGACAAUGACUGCAAGGAUAACUCAGAUGAGAAAAACUGCACUCACACAGAAAAUAAAUGUCCAAAUGGAGAAUUUCAGUGUAAAAAUGGAAAGUGUAUAGACUACAAGCUGGUCUGUAAUAAAGCCUUUGACUGUGAAGAUGAAUCGGAUGAGAAUAGAUGCAAUAUUAAUGAAUGUGAAUCUGCGCUAACCAAUAACUGUCAACACAAGUGUCGAGACACGAUUACUAGCUUUGUGUGUGAAUGUGACUAUGGCUAUGAACUCCAGUCAGACAAAAAGACAUGUCAAGACAUUGAUGAGUGUACUGAGGUACCUGGGGCCUGUAGUCAGACCUGUAUUAACUCCCCUGGUAAUUUUACAUGUAAGUGUGGAGAUGGCUACAAAAAGGAGAUCAAUGGUAAAUCCUGCAAGAAGACUGACAAUGUAACACCUUGGUUGAUAUUUACCAACAAGUACUACAUCCGAGAGCUGUCAACUGAUGGCAAGAAUUACCGUCGAAUCUCUCAGGGCUUUGACAAUGUUGUAGCCUUUGAUUUUGACUACAGAGAGGACAGACUUUAUUUUACUGAUGUCAGAGCCAAGAAAAUGUACAGAAUGCAUUUAAAUGGAACCAAGAAGGAAGUGAUUGUCAGACAUGGCAUGUUGGGAGCUGAGGGUUUGGCUGUGGACUGGAUUGGGAGAAAAGUGUACUGGGUGGACAGUAGAAAACAGUCCAUGUAUGUGACUGAGAUGAAUGGCACAAGUAGACUGACUCUGCUAAAGGGAGGAUUCAUGAAAAACCCCAGGGCUAUUGUAGUGGAUCCUACAAGAGGGUAUGCCUACUGGACAGAUUGGACUGUUACCCCUUAUAUUGGAUGUAUCGGAAUGAACGGAGUUAAUGCUUCCAAAGUUAUCACGAACAAGCUAGGCUGGCCCAAUGCUCUAACAGUGGACAUUGUUAAUGAUCGAUUGUGGUGGGGAGAUGCUCACUUAGACUACAUCGAAUAUGCCAACACAGACGGCACAAAUCGACAUAUUGUAAUGCAAGGAAAAGUGCCACAUCCAUUUGCCAUCACACUGUUUGAAGAUUUUAUGUACUGGACAGAUUGGAAUCACAAGUCAGUGGAGAAAGCCAACAGAUUUACCGGUGCUAAUCAUUCUGUAUUACAGCAUAUCACACACAGACCAAUGGACAUACACAUCUACCACCCACUCAAACAGCCCAAAGGAGUCAACCCUUGCAAGAACAACAAUGGUGGGUGCUCACACCUGUGUCUCAUUGCCCCUGGGGGUCUGAGCUAUACCUGUAACUGCCCCAAUGAUUUUGUUCUGAGUGUGGAUAAAAAGACUUGUAUAGCCAACUGCAGCAGUAGCCAGUUUAGGUGUGGAAUCAAAGAUGACAGAUGUAUUCCUAAAAUCUGGAAAUGUGACGGAGAACAGGAUUGUUUAGACAACUCAGAUGAACCGACAGAUUGUCCUGUCAAUCACUGUGCCCCUGGCCAAUUCCAGUGUAAGAACAAGAACUGUACCUACGCCUUCAGUGUGUGUGACCUCCACGACGAUUGUGGGGAUAACUCAGAUGAGGAAAAUUGUGAAAAUCGACAGUGUGAACACUGGCAAUACAAGUGUGGUAACAAUAAGUGUAUCCCCCAGGGCUGGGUGUGUGACGGGGACGAUGACUGCGGGGACAACAGCGAGGAACAACCCUCCAUAUGUGGAAACAGAACGUGUGAAUCCCACCAGUUUAGCUGUGACAACGGUAAAUGUAUUCCUUCCUCCUGGCAUUGUGAUUAUGAUGAUGACUGUGGAGAUGGAUCAGAUGAAAAGAAAGAGUGGAACUGUGAGGCCAGAAAAUGUGUAGAAGGCUGGUGGAAAUGUAAAACAAACUACCGCUGUAUACCAAACUGGCAGCGAUGUGAUGGACGAGAUGAUUGCCGUGACAACAGUGAUGAAAAUGAGGCAGACUGUCCUAAAUGUCAUCCCACUGGGGAUUGGCAGUGUGCCAACAAACGCUGUAUCCCAAAGCGGUGGCUGUGUGACUUUGACAGUGAUUGUGAAGAUAAGAGUGAUGAGGACCCCAAACUCUGUGCCAAAUUGUACAGAAACUGCUCAGAAUCUGAGUUCCGUUGUGAAAACCAGAAGUGUAUCCGUGGGAAGUGGCGCUGUGACCAUGACAAUGACUGUGGUGACAAUUCUGAUGAGGACCCUGUCUAUUGCAAAAAAUACCACAAAUGUGACAGUGGUCAGUUCCAGUGUGCUAGUGGUCACUGUAUUGGUAAUAAGACUCUUUGUGAUGGCCGACGGAACUGCUUGGACAUGUCUGAUGAGAAAAAUUGUAAUCCACGAUAUCCAGGAGGCAGAUUCUGUCCCGCAAAUAAGUUUGAGUGUGCCAACACAAUCUGUAUACCCAAGGAGUGGCGAUGUGAUGGUAAUAAUGAUUGUGGGGACGGAUCAGAUGAAGAAGACGCGGUCUGCAGUAACAUACCCUGUGAUCCUAAAACCCGAUUCCGAUGCCAGAACAACAAGUGUAUUCCUAGGUGGCGCCUUUGUGACAAGGUGGAUAACUGCGGAGAUGGGUCCGAUGAAAAUAACUUGGAUAUUUGUGGUGUGAAAUUUGACCAUUGUGAUCCUUCACAGUUUAAAUGUGCCAAUAAGAAAUGUAUUAAUGCUACAAAAGUGUGUGACAAUGCUGAUGACUGUGGAGAUUUGUCAGAUGAAAUUGGAUGCCAUAAAUCUGUUGGUCAUGUGAACUGCAGUGUAAACAAUGGUGGGUGUGAUCACAAUUGUACGGAUCUGAAAGGAUCCGGAUUCUUGUGUUCCUGUAAACCAGGCUUCCAGAUCUCCAGUGAUAAAAAAAUGUGUGAAGAUGCUGAUGAGUGUUCCACAUGGGGAAACCAGUGUCCUCAGAUGUGUCACAAUGUUAAGGGCUCCUAUAAGUGUAUGUGUUAUGAUGGAUUCUCUGAUGUCAAAGGCAAGGGAACAAAGUGUAAAGCAGAAGGAAUGACUGCUGUCUUCUUCACCACUGGACACGAGAUUCGUCAGAUAAUUCUAGAUCGUAAGGACUACUCAGGAACUGUAAAUAGUGGACAGUAUCUUGGAGGAAUAGAUGUUGACAUGGGUCGCAAACUGAUCUACUGGACAGAUACGUCAAUGAAAAAGAUCCGAAGGGCAGGGAUCCCACAAAACAUGAAGGUGGACACUGAGGCCCUGCCACAAGACCUCAACAUUGUGACUUACCAGCCCGAGGAUGUGGCUAUUGACUGGGUGGCUAGGAACAUAUACUGGACAGAUUCUGCACAUAAUACAAUAUCUGUGGCUAAAAGUGAUGGUAGAUAUGCCAAGGUUUUAAUCAGGGAUGACCUGCAAUUCCCUCUGGCUAUUGCUGUCAAUUCAAAAUUAGGUUGGAUGUAUUGGACUGAUGCAAGUGGCUCUUAUCCAAAGAUCGAGAGGGCUUGGAUGAAUGGUGAUCACCGAGAGGAGUUGGUAUCAACUCGCCUGGGGCGCCCCACAGGGUUGGCCAUUGAUGACCACAUGAAUGACAGAGUGUUCUGGUGUGACUCUAAAGAAAACCUCAUUGAGUCAAUGAAUGCUGAUGGGUCAGACAGAGUCACAGUGAUAGGGAGAGGUAUAGUGAAUCCCAUCAGUUUGGAUGUGUUUGAGAGUACCCUGUACUGGGCCUCUCAACAGACUGGGAAGCUGAUGACCAUGGACAAGUUUGGGCGUGGUGUCAAUGUCACAUUACAGGCUGGACUUCUGCUUCCAUCCUCCCUCAAAAUCUUCCACCCAAGAAGACACAAUAUGACAGUUAAGAAUCGUUGCCUGUCGUCCACUGAGAGAUGCAGUCACUUGUGUCUGCUGACCCCUGAUGGCUUCAGAUGUGCCUGUCCAGAAAGAGCACAGUUCAGGGAUCCCUAUACAUGUGAUGCAGCCUGGGAAGAGGAAAUACCAGACCCAGAACUCUGUGUGUGUUACAACGGAGGAACUUGUUUAAUGAUCAAUGGCUCCAAAUCAUGUCAAUGUCUAACUGGUUACAGUGGGGAGGAGUGCCUUGUAAAACUGCCAGAAAAAUUGAUCAAUGAAGAUUCUGCCACAGAUGUGGUUGGGAUAAUAGUUCCAGUCAUCAUAGUCACAUUUGUUACUGUAGCCUUCAUUUUGUUCUUGUUCAUCUUGAAGAAAAAAGGAAAACUGUUGCUGAAAGCUCGAGACCUGAAAGUGGGAUCCAGCACUGUGUCCUACAGAGACGGGGGCAAUGUUCAACUCGCUCCGCCCUUCAAUUUUGAGGAACCAAAUCCAAACUUAUGUGGUAGUGAAAUAGAUUCCACAAACUUUAGUAACCCUAUGUUUUUCAAAGAGGAGGGUUUAGAUACAACUCUACGUAGUGCACCAGACAUAGCAGCCCCUGCUGACUCUAUAACAUUGUCACAAAGUGAUGUCACACAGACAAAUGGACAUGUGGACUCCACGAUAUAACAAGCCGCAGGGAUCUCAUACAUUACUGAAUCCUCAUUCUACAAACUGGUUGUUAGUGUGAAGAUUAUAAAUGUCACUGCAAGGGGAUGGAUGGAUGUUAAACAUAGGUUAAUGUGCAAUUUGUAUGUUUCUGAAAGCUGUGUAUGUGUGCCAGAGAAGAAGCAUCAUAUCAAAUUUUUCUUUGCACAUGUACAUGUUUACAUGUAUAUAUAUUGUUUUUCAUUGCUUUUUUGCAAAUAUAGACACAAAUGCUAUUUAAAAAAGUAUUAAAAUGACAUUUAUAUGUACCAAAA